AUGUCUCAAAACAUUUUGAAAAGCAGCUUGGAAAAUGCUUCCUUCAAUAUUAUAUUUCAGAUACUAUGUCGUGGUGUUACAUUUGUUUUGAAUGCUUUCGUCGUUCGACAUGUUGGUCAAGCAGUUUUAGGAGUAAUAAAUGUACGGUUGCUGUUAUUGGAGUCAAUGAUCUUGUUCUUAUCUCGGGAACCAUUUAUGAAAGCAUGCUUAACUAAUACGGCAGAACAUAAUUGGGCACAAGUUGUUAAUCUGUUAUGGAUGACGGUUCCUAUAUGUUGUGUAAUGUCUGUAACAUUUGGAUACAUUUGGCUCUUUGUCUUAUCAGCAUCCGAAGCAUUACCAUCGUAUUAUGUAUUUGCAGUUUGGGCAGUUGCUCUUUCUUGUAUCAUUGAUUUGUCAUCUUUAAUUGUUCAGCUGGUUGCUACUGCAUAUUUGUUUGUUAGAUUAAAAAUUAUUCUUGAUACGAUCAUGAUUGCUAUUCGUACUUUAACAUUUGUUCCAUUAAUACUAUACAAUCCAGAGAAUGCAUUGUUUGCAUUUGGUGUAGCUCAACUAGUUGCAGCAAUUUUUUAUACUACUAGUCACUAUGCAUAUUUUCAUUAUUAUAUUAAAAAUAUUAAUAAAUAUAAGUUAAAGCGAAGAAUGUCACUAAAAGAUAACAGUGAUGAAUAUGUUGUGAGAGAAUUCCCAUUUCGAGCAGUAAAGGAUUUUCUACCUGGACAGCUGGAAAAUAAAGGACCGUAUUUAGAUAAAAAAUUAUCUAUUCUUACUUGGAGUUUCUUUAGACAAGGAAUUCUAAAACAAAUUUUGACAGAGGGAGAAAGAUUAAUUAUGACAGUAAUGCCAGUAUUAACAUUUACUGAACAGGGAACAUAUGAAAUUGUGAAUAAUUUAGGUUCUUUAGCGGCAAGAUUCAUUUUCCGUCCAAUAGAAGAAAGUGGAUACUUUUAUUUCACCCAAAUGAUUAAACGAGAUAAAGAAAUCAGUGAUCAAAGUCCUAUAAAAGUUCAGGAGAGUGUAAAUGUUCUAACACACAUGUGCUCAGCAGUUACAUCUAUUGGUUUAGUGGUACUAGUAUUUGGACAAUCGUACUCAAGCACCCUAUUAUGGUUGUAUGGUGGUACAAAAUUAACUUCAUAUCUGCCUAUACUUCUGAUGCGAGCACAUUGUUUAGCGAUUCUACUUUUGGGAAUAAAUGGUGUAACAGAGUGUUACACUAAUGCUACAGCUGACAGCGGGACUAUAAACAAGAGCAACUUAAUUAUGAUCUAUGAAUCAAUUGCAUUUUUGGGUGCAUCAUAUUUGUUUGCUAUUUGGUUUGGUCCUGUUGGCUUUAUUCUUGGAAAUUGUGUGAACAUGAGCUUAAGAAUCUUUCAUUCUAUAAUUUUUAUUAAUAGGAGAUAUAAAGACACGAUAUACCGUCCAUUACGUGGAUUAGUGCCAAAACCUAUGUUCUCUGCUUCUCUUCUUGUAGCAGCGUUAAUCACAAACGUGUCUCAUGCUUAUUUCUUUCCCGAUGAAAAAGUCUUGCAUCUAGUCAUUGGUGUGAUCAUGUUUAUAAUUGUCCUCGUAUCAUGGAUUUACGAGCAUCAUGAUCUAAUCAGACUUGGUACAAACAAGUGGUAUGAAAGAAGAAAUCGACACAAGAAGAGUGAUUGACCUUAACUCUGUUAAUAAUAAUGGUUUAUUGAUAUUUACAUACAAAAUUAUCUACAAGGGUGCUGCAACGCGGAAAUUAUGUAAAUCUUCUAAAUUUUAAUAAUUAUGUAUUUUCUACACUGUUAUACUUCAGAUUGACCAAGUACAAAUUAUCCUAUCUCGACGAAUAUCGUACUACAUUUACUCUGAGUAAAUAAUUUUAUAAAAAAUAAAACAUCAAGAUAAUUCUAAACAUAAUGAAGUUUAGUUUAAAUGUAAUCAUUAUUAUUAGUUGGAGUAACAAAA